CAUUUGCAUCACCCACGGACUUUCCCUGUUUUGGGCAUAUUAUGGUAAGCCUUUCAGAUGGAUGGGUGGUUGCGCCAGCCAUGCCAGUGAAGAUGCGGUCACACCGAGAGCACCAAAGCGCUUUGAUGUCUUUAUUUCACAUCACCAUGGAGCCGGCCUAAUGGAAGAUGAACAACAGGAGUCUGGCGAUUUCUCGCAGCAGUUUGCAUCCUGGAUUUGGGCAAUCUGUGAAUCUUUGAGUUUGAGUGCGCGCUUUGAUGCAACCAAUCUGUCCCGGAUCUUGGAUGAGCGAAAGUUAAAGAAUGAAAUUGUGAGUUCCCGAGUUUUGGUUGGAAUUGUCAACCGCUCUGCCCUCCUGGACCACCACGGAAUGUAUCAGGAGCUUCAGUGGGCUGAAGCAGCGAAUGUACCUAUUGUGCCAUUUUACAAUGGCGACGUGCAUUCUCCUGAAGAGUACAGCAGCUGGAGUGUCCAGUUUCCGGUCUUGAAAAGGGCUCCAGUGGUGUAUCAUCGACGCAGUCAUUUGCGAGUGAAGGACAGCCUGAUUCUUGCUUUGGAGGAGGCCCUCCAUGACUCCUACAAAGCAGGCGACAUGCCAUUGGCUUUGUCAAACUUGCUUCAGAGGCAGGUGGAGGGCGCGCAGCGGCGUCAGAGAAGGGCUGAGCGGGUGGCUGAAACUGGGAGCAGCGAGGAGCGUGGUGAUGCAGUUGACAAAAGGUUUCGUUUCAGAGAUGACGAUCUCGAAGAAGCUAGUCCUGGUGGUGGCGGCAUGGGCCGUUUGCUGAAGACCUUAAAAGAUCCAAUGGGGUGGAAGGAACAAGAGAUGCGCACGGCUAUGUUGCAAGAUGAGCACGAGAUAGACGAUGAACAGGGGAAACAUGUGCCUAAGCAUAGCAGCCUAAAGCCCAGCGGCAGUAUUCUGAAAGGUGGCACUGACGUGGGCGCAUCACACAUACAAUCAGUGUCAGCGACGUCGCAUGUUCCAGGGGAUCCCAAAAUGCAGCAAGGCGUGGUCCGCGUCAAGGAGUACUUGGGAAGUGUAGACCAAGAUGACGUGGCCCAGCUUCCAAGUAUCCUGAAGAUCCUGCAGCUCAUGCAGCCCCACCUCGAGGUUGUGUCGAGUGCGCUUGAGCUGACCUUUGAGUUUACUCGUGGUGCUGCGAGGUGUCGGCAAAUUGUGGCUCAGAAUGAUGGCAUCAAAGCAAUUGUCAGCACAAUGUCUGCCCACCCGGGCAGCAUGACCCUGCAGAUGCACGGCUGCGGCUGCCUUUAUGCUCUUUGUUGCUUCCGGGCUGGAAGCCCUGACAAGGACAACAACUCUGUCGGAAUAGCUCAAGCUGGUGGCAUUGCCAGAAUUCUUUUCGCGCUUGAUUCCUUUCCCCAAUGCCAAGAACUACAACAGUGGGGGAGCGGUGCUUUGCGACAUUUGGCGGUGGAGAUUGGUGACAAUCGCCGGGAAGUCCUUCAAGAUGGAGAGGUGCAACUCACCAUGCGAGGCAUCAAUCGGCGCAUGAUUACCAAGUCCGGCGGCAUCGAACUUUUGGUACGGUGCAUGGCCAGUUUUCCACAUGACUUGGAGAUACAAGAGAAUGGCUGUGCGGCUCUUUGCAAUCUGGUAGUGAAUCGGCAUGAUACCAAGGUUCGAGCAGCGCGGUCUGGCUGCAUCCGCGCAAUAGUUAAUUCAAUGAAGAAUUUCCCUUUUGAACCUGAAGUCACGCAAAUGGCCUGUGCAGUACUCCGCAGCCUCGCACUCGGUGUCCCAGAAAACAAAGUUUCCAUCGUCGCACAAGGUGGAGUACGCCAGCUUUGUGAAGCAAUGGCUCGACACCGAACAGACGCAGAUGUAAACAUGCAAGCCAUAGCUGCGCUGUGCAACCUCACAUCUCACUUCGCAGAACACAAACGGGCCAUAUGUGAGGCAGGUGGUCUCGAGCUGACAGUUGCUGCACUGUUGCUACACCCACAGCACGAGGAAUUGCAGCAACAGGGUGUCGGCUUGUUGCACAAUUUGGCAUGUGAGGUCUCCUUAAGGAAAGAUCUUCUUGCCGCAGGAGCUUUGCGAGUGGCUGAGGCGGCCCAGAUGCAUCCAGCACGCUUGGUGCAAUCCUUGGGGCACAUGUUGCAGAGACAGAUGAGCCAGGCCAAAGAAGCGCAAGAGGCAGAGAAGGAUGUUUCAAACUCUCUCGCCAAAACGGACCAAUGGAAGGAAGCCAAGGAGGAACCUGGAGAAGGCGGAGUAGAUGAACUUUUUGCACCAAGAAGUCGUGGAGUGCGGGUUGCAAGGAGCAAAGCUUUGACACGGCCCCAGCGAAAGGUCAUGGCUGAUGUGAUGGCAUCCAUGCAGCGCCAUUCCCAUGAGUGGCUGCCCAGAGAUGGUUCGAGUGCAUCAGAUUUGGGCGGCUCAUCCGAGGCUUCCAGCGGAAGGAGUGUGAGGGGAAAAUGGGACAUAAAAGAGCAGAAAAAGGCCGCAGCCUAUGGAAUUGAAGAUUUGGAGGGCGCCUCUGACAGUUCAUUGGGCUCCUCAGAUUCGAACGCGAACCCUGGUUCCUUUGCCUUUUUAGUGCGUCGAGGUUUAGCCAAGCAAGCCCGCGAGGACGAGGGCGAAGAGAACCAUUCAUCGCCCGCUUCCCCCAAGCCUCGGCACUUGCAUUUGGAGCUUGAAGACCCACAAAGCGCAAGCGGCGCAAGAUCUCAAUCGCCCAGAUCUGCGAGAUCCGCCAGAUCGCCUAGGUCCGCCAGGUCUGCCAGGUCUGCCAGGUCCAGCUCUGCCAGGUCCAGCUCUGCCAGGUCCAGCUCUGCCAGGUCCAGCUCUGCCAGGUCUAGCUCUGCCAGGUCUGGUUCUUUGCCCUUGACAGCUCGAAAUGUGAAGGCCCAGGAGCAAUCCCAAGAGAGCGCGACUGAUCCACCUCCCCUUCAGACCGAACACAUUCCUCAAAAAGACGGGCGUGAUCAAGUAGCCGAAAUUGUUUUGGACGCACCAAUUCAAUCACAAGCUCAUGAAGAUCGUAUUGAGACAGAAUCUGUCAUCAGUGAUGCAAGCGAGGGAGACUGGAUAGAUGAUUUGGAGGACCCAAGGCUUGGCAAGCGAAUGCAGAGGCAACGUGGAAAGCUUCAACCGAGCUCCGAGAGUAGUUUUAUUCUGGACGGGAUGCUUGGUGCAGUUGAGUUGGAACAAGUGGCAGCUCCACAAACGGCGCUGCCAAAGUUGGGAAAGAAGAACGUGGAAUUUGCAAGAGCGUUGAAGAAGUGUGGAGAGGUGGCGCCAGAACGUUUCGAUGAGUUGUGGCAAGAAGCCCUUUCAAGAAAGGUGUCGAAGUCGGGGAGGAGUUCAUCAUCUGUGAUGAACGAGCUCGAUGGCGUUUCCCGAUUUGGACGGAUGUCAUCUGCUAUGAGGAGUGGUUUGAAGGACGUGAAGUCCUUGGCAAUUUUGCGGCGAGAUGCACCAGCCACAAAGGAUAUUGCAGGCAGUGAAGGUGCUUCCGGAACUGGAAGUGAGGCUGGCCAAGAAGUUCGUGAUGACCUCCAGAAGGCAGAGAUUGCCCUCCUUGAUGCGCUUGGGCAGUUCAGAAAGCAGGGAGAUGCUUCGGGGAUGCAGAGUGCUGAUGAAGCAAUGCGCCAUCCAAGCCGUGAGGCAUUGAGACUUGAAGCUCUGAGCCGGCAGCUGGAGCAGAAGCGUGCCCUGCAACGUAGGGUUCAAUUGCGACCUGGUGCAGAGUUCUUGUCAUUCGGGAAAUCCUAUGCACAUUUUUCAUGUUUUGUACGUCGCUCCUGUCCGUGUCCAAGUCACGAAAGCUGGUUGUUGCUAGGCUGCUUGCUGCUUGCUGGGGUCACUUUGGCUUUAGCACUGGUCAUGAGUAAGAGCAGUGGUCGGAGGCUAGACUCUAAGCUUAGACUUAGACAUGCUUUUGUUUCCUUCUUGCCAUUUUAGUGCAGCUGCUUGUUACUGUAGGGUGCAUCAACAUAUCACUUCACAUUCGUUUGGUUGCCCCUGACCUGAGCUCACCUCGCUACUUCAUUUACUUUGUUUUGCCUCCUGAGACCCUCGCCUCUGCAAGUGCGGCCACCUCAAACGUUGCCAAUCUCUUUGGCACAUUUUCUCCACUGCCGCACGGGUGGCUGUGCUGCAACCAUAGCCUUGUGCUUCCCGUACACGCAACAAGGAGUGUUGACAACUGGAAUUUCAAUCACACCUUCACAAUAGACUAUUGUAGUAUAUAAGGUCGCUUUGCUUUCGUUCACCGCCAGUGUCCUUCGCUCUCCGUCUCUGUAUGGCAUGCAUGGCUUUAUCCUUCAUGUCGCAAGGUGUGUGGGGCUUUUUGUUGUCAGCCAGACAGGUGGGCAGAGGCCAAUCUGCACAAGGGCGGUUCCUUUCGAGACACAUAGGCCACGGUCGCCCAUCGGGCUUUGUUCAGUGACCAAUCCGCCUUUGAGGCUCUGAUCCUUCUCCAAAAGUGGCAGCCAAGUUUCCUUAUUGCGGACAAGAAGCGAAUGUUUGCGAUAAAGUUCCCAGUGCCAAUUGGCCUUCCAUCCUGCAGAGCAUUUGCAGGGAAGUGGCAUGAUGGCAGCGUAGAAGGAAUCGGCCAAGAAGAUCCUGACAGUGUCGUUGCUGGUGCUCGCAGUGCUCGCAUUUGCUGUUGGGCAGUCCUUAGCAGAUCUCAGGUGCUCUCAGGUCCAACUUCACCAUUUUGUGAUUCUGGCAUCAAAUUCUCAGGUCCAGCUUGGCUGAAAGGCUCAGGGAGGAGUUGCAGACACAGAGCGCAAAUACUGCUCAUCCUCGAUGAUCUUGUGGACCUGAUUCGAGGAGCAGUUUGGACUACAGAAUUUGUAGAGUCAACUUUGGGGCUCGAGCAGUCCCAUUGAUACAGCAGAGCUGAUGG